AGCCAUUUUGGCUCAAGCGGUUCCAAUCGAGGCUGUCACAUCACGCGGCGGCCGUUUGCGUUGUCACUCCCUGUCAGACUUCAACUCGAUCAAGAAACCCAUCCGACAAUGCGUGAGGCGAUCUGCAUCCACAUUGGGCAGGCGGGUGUGCAGAUUGGCAAUGCGUGCUGGGAGCUUUUCUGCCUUGAGCACGGAAUCCAGCCUGACGGCCAGAUGCCUUCUGAUAAGACGAUCGGAGGCGGCGACGAUGCCUUCAACACGUUCUUCUCCGAGACUGGCGCCGGCAAGCACGUCCCCCGCUGCGUGAUGGUCGACCUUGAGCCCACUGUGGUCGAUGAAGUACGCACGGGUACCUACCGUCAGCUGUUCCAUCCUGAGCAGCUCAUCUCCGGGAAGGAGGACGCCGCAAACAAUUUCGCGCGAGGGCAUUAUACCAUCGGCAAGGAGAUCGUCGACCUCGUUCUCGAUCGGAUCAGGAAGUUAGCCGACAACUGCACUGGCCUACAGGGCUUCAUGGUCUACAAUGCCGUCGGCGGAGGCACCGGGUCUGGGCUCGGCUGCCUGAUGCUAGAGCGAUUGUCUGUAGACUACGGGAAGAAGACGAAGGUGUCUUUCACCGUGUGGGCGUGCCCGCAGGUCGCCACCGCAGUGGUGGAGCCGUACAACACGGUGCUCUGCGUGCACUCCCUCCUGGAGCACACAGACGUCACCAUCAUGUAUGACAACGAGGCGUUGUACGACAUAUGCCGCCGCAACCUUGACAUCGAGCGCCCUACUUAUACGAACCUGAACAGGCUGCUGGCGCAGAUCAUCUCCUCGCUGACUGCGUCCUUGCGCUUCGACGGUGCUCUGAACGUGGACAUCACCGAGUUCCAGACGAACUUGGUGCCCUACCCGCGCAUUCACUUCAUGCUCUCCAGCUAUGCACCCGUGAUCUCUGCGGAGAAGGCGUACCAUGAACAGCUGUCAGUGGCGGAGAUCACCAUGUCCGUCUUCGAGCCCGCAUCCAUGUACGUGAAGUGCGACCCUCGUCAUGGCAAGUACAUGGCAUGUUGUAUGAUGUACCGUGGAGACGUCGUGCCCAAGGAUGUGAACGCUGCGGUAGCUACUAUAAAGACCAAGCGCACCAUUCAAUUUGUGGAUUGGUGCCCCACGGGCUUCAAGUGCGGCAUCAACUACCAGCCUCCUACUGUGGUCCCUGGUGGCGACCUUGCUAAAGUGAUGCGUGCCUGCUGCAUGAUCAGCAACUCCACCGCCAUCGCAGAGGUCUUCUCGCGCAUCGACCACAAGUUCGAUCUCAUGUAUUCGAAACGCGCGUUCGUGCACUGGUACGUGGGCGAGGGCAUGGAGGAGGGUGAGUUCUCCGAGGCUCGCGAGGACCUGGCGGCGCUGGAGAAGGACUAUGAGGAGGUGGGCAUCGAGACCGCAGAGGGUGAGGGCGAGGAAGAGGGUUACGGCGACGAGUUCUGAGCAGGCUGCAACAGGAGCAGCUACACGAGGGAGGCCGACCGAGGAGUCGCGAUCAGAUCGCUGAGAGACGGCUUGCUUCCACGACUUCUUAAAGACUUGCGUGCUUCCACGCAGUAGAUCGGCGUGUCUUCCACGCUGACCUUUGGCUGUUCACUUGCUCGACACAUCUUGACUCUGGGUGGCCGACUUGCUAGACCGCCUCGUGUCCCUGCCACCUUGUCACCGCCUUUGCAGAGGACAACUGAGCAGAAUGCCAGGGACACCGUUGAGCUGUUGUAAGGCUCCUCGGAGGAGACUGGAGACUAGUGCGCGCCUCGGUCCUUCUUCAAACUCCACCGUCCCCCUUUAUUCUGGGCUACGCAGGUAGUGCGUCGUCGUCUCACGUGGUUGUUCGUGCCGCAGCAUGCUGCCAGCCAUAGAGGCGGGUGCCUUCGCAUCACUUGCUCGUUUCUACACUGACCGCGUGCUAAAUAACACAUUUGUGUGCGUGUUUGUGUGCGUGUGUGUGUGUGUGCGUGUGUGUGUGUGUGUGUGUGUGUGUCUGCGUGUGUGUGUGUGUGUGGUUGUGUGGUUGUGGAGGGGACAUUUCGGCACUGAUACGUUGUUCGUGAACCCAUGUACGCUGGCCGGUGCAA